AUGGCAUCCAGGAUAGUUGCUCCUUCCGCCCUGCGCCGCGCCCUCGUCCCGCGCUUCUCCCAAGCUCGAUUUUUCGCACGACCUUUCGCCGCCGCCACCACUCGCGCCUCUCUCAGCGCCUGCACACCAGCACUCCGCGUCGCUGGCCAACGGCGAGCCCUCUCCAACACCGCCCGCCCUCGCCUAGCCGAAGUCAACGAGUCCUUUGACCCCAGCCAAAUCGAGCGCGAGGCCGACCAGGUCGAUGUCUGCAUCAUUGGUGGUGGUCCCGCAGGGCUCAGUGCCGCCAUUCGCCUCAAGCAGCUCGCCAACGAAGCAGGCAAUGAAGACUUCCGCGUUCUGCUGUUGGAAAAGGCCGGCGAGAUAGGAGACCACAUAGUGUCGGGCAAUGUCGUCCAGCCUUCCGCCCUGGACCAGCUCUUGCCCGACUGGAACUCGGAAGAAAACCCCAACCGUUUCGAGAAUGCCACGCCUGCAAAGAGGGAGAUGAUGCGCUUCCUCACCACGAACAAGUCCGUCUGGCUGCCCGUACCCCCGCAAAUGAACAACCAUGGCAACUAUAUCAUAAGUUUGAACCAAUUGGUCAAGUGGCUCGGUGAGCGUGCCGAGGAGGUUGGCGUCGAGAUCUACGCGGGCUUCUCUGCCUCCGAGAUUCUCUACACUCCUGAUGGCUCCGUCAAGGGCGUGGCAACGAACGACCUGGGCCUCGCCAGAGACGGCACCCCCAAGGACUCGUUCGAGCGCGGCAUGGAGUUCCACGCCCGGUGCACGCUCCUUGCCGAAGGUUGCCACGGUAGCUUGACCAAGCAGGUCGUCAAGAAGUUCGACUUGAGGAGGGACUCGGAACACCAGACCUACGGCCUUGGCAUCAAGGAAGUCUGGGAGAUUGAUCCCGAAAAAUUCGAUUCUGGUCUCGUAGCACACUCGCUCGGAUACCCGCUUCCGAAGGACACGUACGGCGGUGGCUGGAUGUAUCAUUUUGGCGACAACAUGGUCAGCAUCGGUCUGGUCGUUGGGCUGGACUACCCCAACCCUUGGCUCUCCCCUUACGGCGAGUUCCAGAAGAUGAAGCAACACCCGUUCUACAAGAAGUAUCUCGAGGGAGGCAAGUGCAUCUCGUACGCAGCCCGUACUCUGAACGAGGGCGGCUUCCAGUCGAUCCCGAAGUGUGCGUUCCCUGGCGGCGCCCUCAUUGGCGAUACGGCGGGUUUCCUCAAUCUGCCCAAGAUCAAGGGUACACACACUGCCAUGCAGUCUGGAAUGCUGGCUGCCGAGGCUGCCUACACAGCCCUUGGGUCCAACUCAGAUGACGGGUCGAUCUUCCUGUACGACUACGAGGACAAGCUGCGGAACUCGACGAUCUGGAGUGAGCUGAAGGAGGUCCGCAACAUGCGCCCCUCUUUCCACAACCCGCUCGGCCUAUACGGCGGUGUUUUGUACUCGGGAAUCACGGCAUUUGUUCUCAGAGGCAAGGAGCCGUGGACUUUCAAGCAUGGGAAGCCUGACCAUGCAUCCACUAAGCAGGCAGAUGACAGCCAGAAGAUUGAAUAUCCCAAGCCGGACGGCAAGAUAAGCUUUGAUAUCUUGACCAGCGUCAGCCGCUCCGGGACCAACCACGAGGAGGAUCAGCCAGUCCACUUGCAAGUCAAGGAUUGGGAUGCACACGCGCUCAAGGAGUGGCCCAGGUUCAAGGGUGUUGAAAACCGGUUCUGCCCUGCUGGUGUGUACGAGUAUGUGGAGGAUGAGAGCAAGGAUCUGGGCGUGAGGUUUCAGAUCAACUCCCAAAACUGCGUUCACUGCAAGACGUGUGACAUCAAGGCCCCUUCCCAAGACAUCAACUGGGUCUGCCCCACUGGCGGCGACGGCCCCAAGUACUACAUGACAUAA